ACAGUCACCACUCGACCAGUCAACUCAAGCAUCAUGAAUACAUAUACCGUGGUUCUCGCCUUCGCCCUUGCAGCCGUGGCAGUUGCCGAACCCCCAUCCGGGUACAGCUACAGCCGGCCUGGCGGCGGCGGUGGUGGCGGUGGAUACUCCCUUGGUGGCGGCGGAGGCGGUGGCUACUCCUUGGGAGGCGGCGGUGGACUGUCCGGAGGUGGUGGUGGUUACACAGCUGUAUCUUCCGGCUACCAGACCUCCGAAGGAGCCUCUGUCGAUCCAGCUCUUUUGGAACAAGUUCGUCAGAUCCUCCUUAAAGAAGAACAAAACUCUGCUUCUUCUUCUGGCUCCAUCGGAGGUGGUGGAAUCAGCUCAUCCUACGGAGCCCCAUCUUCCCAAUACGGAGUCCCAUCUUCCUCUUACGGAGCUCCAGGUGGUGGCUACAAUGCCCGCGUUGUUGGAAUCGACCUUGAAGGAAUCAAACAAGCUAUCCAAGUAGCCCAAUUCCAGCAACAAUCUCAACAAGCUGGUUUCGGCGGAUACCCAAGCGGACCAGCUGCCCGUCCCUCCGGCUCAUACGGAGCUCCUUACUAAACGUAAGCGCUCCUCCGAGUCUCCAUCAACAUCAAAAAACAAAGAACUGAGAACUAAGUGUAAAUAACAUCACAUUCCAUCCUUUACACAUUACACGGGUCCAUGAUGCAUCCCAACAACAUCUCGAGUGAUCAACAACACCAUGCAUUACAUCUAUUUUUAUUUUUGUAUAAAGCUUUUUGUAGGUUAUGUUAAAAAAAUACAUUUGUCACCGU